AUGGCUUCUGGUGGCAUAGUGAACAUCCGCCGCGAUGUCGAUGACAAAUUCUACCGCUAUCGAAUGCCCCUUCUCACAACCAAAAUCGAGGGGAAAGGAAACGGCAUUAAGACAGUGGUCCCGAAUAUGUCUGACGUUGCUCGCGCUCUCAGCCGACCUCCGACUUACACUACCAAGUUCUUCGGGUGCGAACUCGGAGCUCAAACCUCCUUCGACGAAAAGAAUGAUCGCUACAUCGUUAAUGGUGCCCACGACGCAAAUCGCCUCCGUGAACUACUUGACGUUUUCAUCGACAAGUUCGUUCUCUGCAAGGCAUGCAAGAACCCUGAGACAGAGCUCGUAAUCCUCAAAGUGGGGCGAUCGGAGGACAUCAUACGUGAUUGCAAAGCUUGUGGCGAGCGUACGGGUAUCGACAUGCGUCAUAAGCUUACUACCUUCAUCCUCAAGAACCCUCCUGUCAAGUCCAAGAAGUCGAAGAAGGGAGGGGCUGGCGGAGGGGCUGCUGAUGGUGUCGGUGGUAAUGCCGCUUCUCCCAUUACCAACGGCGAUCAUGGCGACGGUGAAGGAACCCCUGAUGGCGCCGAGAGUGACGAUGAGUUAAGCAGGCGCAUCAAGGCUGAAGCCGCUGAGCUCAACGAUGACGCCGCACUCGCGAAGGAAGAUUGGUCUGCCGAUACGUCCCCCGAAGCCGUUCGGGCUCGUCAAGCCCUCGAGGCAGGCGUUGCCGCCCUUGCACUCGGUGGUGGUGAUGAUGACGGAAGUGACGAAGACGUCAAUAGCCCUUACUCUCAACUCGGACGCUGGAUCACUGAGAAUCAUGACGACGACGCCAAAGCUUUCUCCAUCGCCAUCUACAAGAAAGCGGAGGAAUUCGGGAUCGAAAAGAAGCACAAAACUGUGCUUGUCAUCGUGCAGGCCCUCUUUGACGCCGACAUUGUAACUCAGAUUCCGAAGUACGCUGCGCUGCUUGCCAAGAUGGUGACAUCGGAGAAGCAUCAGAAGGCACUGCUUGGGGGUAUUGAGCGGCUUGUUGGCAUUUCACAUCCUGAGCUUAUUGCGUUGGGUGUCCCCAAAAUCCUCAUGGCCCUCUAUCAGAUUGACGUCCUCGACGAGGAGGUCAUCACCCAGUGGGGGACACAUGUCAGCAAAAAGUAUGUCGACAAAGACACUAGUAAAAAGGUCAGAAAGGCCAGCGAGCCUUUCCUCAAGUGGCUCGCGGAGGCUGACGACGACGAUGACGAUGACGAGUAG